AUGAGCUGCGCCGCACGCGGUCGUCUUCGUCGGUGGUACUACCUCCAGCAGCCGCCGCUCGCGCUCGGCGGGCUGGAAGACGUGACGCUGCGCGGGGGCCACGAAGCCGUCGUCUCCGCCGGCUCGAGACUCGACGACGACUGCUGGAUCGAGCAAGCCGCGAACGUCUGGUCGUGCGCUCUUCCCGAGGCUCAUGUGUCGUUCCGCACGUUGAUGGUCGGCGGCAAGCGGGCCAGCCGAGCGCGCACGCCGGACGCGCGCGACGACCCCGCCGCGCCCGAGCAGUACUUUUACGCGAACCAGACGUCGUUCGUGCGCGACGACCUCUGGGCGUUGACGCUCGCGACUUCGACGGCGGAGCCUGUUCAUGAUUCAUUUCGUAGCAGCGCCAUGGUCUGGCCGCACUCGGGCUGGAACAACUUCGAGGCGACGCUUCAGUUGGCUUCGAACGCCACGCUCGACUGGUUGGAGCUGCACGGCGUCUCGACGACGACGAGCACGUGGUUCGAGCUCUCCUGCCCGGCCGAGGCGGACAAGAACUGUACCGGCUACGACGGCAAACUUGCUCCGGGCGCUAGACUUUACGCGUACGGUUCUCGUGCGUUUUUGACGGACGGCGACGAGUGGGCGCGCGACGGAGACGUGCUCUACUUGUACUCGUCGAUGGGCGCGCCGCGGCAAGUCGUCGUGCCGCGUGCGACGACUGUGAUCGCCGUGGAGUCCUCGAAGGAGGUUGUGAUCGAGAGCGUGACGUUCAGCGACACGGAUGCGCGAUACCUCGGAUUCCAGAACGGGUUCUCCGUCGACGCGGAGUCCAUCGGCAUUCCUACCGAUGCGGCUCUUCACGUGUCUGGAAGCAGUGGCGUCAAAAUCGAGAACUGCGUCUUCUCUGAGCUGGGCGGCGGUGGCGUCACGGCAACGUCGACGACGGAACUCUCUGUCUCGAAUUCGACGUUCGCGCAUCUCGGUCAAUCUGGUGUUGCGUUGGUGGGCAACGGCACGACCAGGACGACAGGAGCUGCCAUCACCAACAACUCGAUGACUGGCGUCGGGGAAGUUUUCGCUUCUGCUGGCGGCGUCUUUUGCUCGUGCUGUGCGCACGCGGUCAUCUCCGGCAAUCGCAUCGAUAAUUCCAGCAGAUGGGGCAUCGCUAUUCGGUCGAACGCUGCUGAAGGGGCACGGUCUACGAACAACACUGUGGUCGGGAACCGACUGCGGUACUUGGGAUUGACGACGAAGGACUUCGGCGGAAUUUCGUUGAUUGCCUAUCCGGGCGCGUCUCCAGACGACUCGGUGAUCCUGAACAAUCGCGUGGUGGAUGUCAUUGGCGCCUGGUCUUCCUGGAUUGAUGGGGGCCCGAAACUGACUUCGCCCUUUAUGAGCUUUGGAAUCUAUCUCGACAAUGAGGCGUCCGGCUACGCGGUUCGAGGGAACGUCGUCGCGCGGACGGAGGCAGCGAGCGUCUUCUUUCACAAUGGCUUUGGCAACACUGUCGAGAACAACGUCUUCUACGGCGCCACGAACUCGAACACUACGACCGGGGUCUUGAUGGUGCAGGCCUUGGGCAACUUUACGCGGGCGAACGUUUUUCAGCGGAACGUAGUGGCUUUUUCGUCGGCCGUGCCGCAAGGGAGACUGUGGAACAAGGCUCAAUGGAAGCGGAGUGGGUUGGCUUUUGCUGACUCCAACGUGUAUUGGGCCUUUGAUGACCGAUCCUUCUUCGGCAAUGGCAAUUUGACUGCCCUCGGGAACUGGUCAUCGUGGACUUUGACCUACGACCGGGCAUCUGUCAUUGGCGACCCUCUCUUCGUGGAUGCUGCUCACGAUGAUUUCUGUUUGAAGGCCGAUUCGCCUGCUUUUGGUCUCGGGUUUGAUGCUCUCGAUGUCGAUGCAAAAAAUAAAGUGGUGUUGGUUAAGCCUGUUUGCGCGAUCAGGUUGCGGCAUGGGGUUAGGGUCAGGGUUAAAAAUAGGGUUAGGGUUAGCAUGAGGGUUAGCAUGAGGGUUAGGUUAGGGUUAGGGUUAGGGUUAGGGUUAGGGUUAGGGUUAGGGUUAGGGUUAGGGUUAGGGUUAGGGUUAGGGUUAGGGUUAGGGUUAGGGUUAGGGUUAGGGUUAGGGUUAGGGUUAGGGUUAGGGUUAGGGUUAGGGUUAGGGUUAGGGUUAGGGUUAGGGUUAGGGUUAGGGUUAGGGUUAGGGUUAGGGUUAGGGUUAGGGUUAGGGUUAGGGUUAGGGUUAGGGUUAGGGUUAGGGUUAGGGUUAGGGUUAGGGUUAGGGUUAGGGUUAGGGUUAGGGUUAGGGUUAGGGUUAGGGUUAGGGUUAGGGUUAGGGUUAGGGUUAGGGUUAGGGUUAGGGUUAGGGUUAGGGUUAGGGUUAGGGUUAGGGUUAGGGUUAGGGUUAGGGUUAGGGUUAGGGUUAGGGUUAGGGUUAGGGUUAGGGUUAGGUGCCGUUGGAUGGUCGUUGAGGUCCGUUGGAAGGCGGGUGGGAAGUGGGGGCCAGGGGGGUGGGCGUGGAGUAGAAGGGUUAGGGUUAGGGUUAGGGUUAGGGUUAGGGUUAGGGUUAGGGUUAGGGUUAGGGUUAGGGUUAGGGUUAGGGUUAGGGUUAGGGUUAGGGUUAGGGUUAGGGUUAGGGUUAGGGUUAGGGUUAGGGUUAGGGUUAGGGUUAGGGUUAGGGUUAGGGUUAGGGUUAGGGUUAGGGUUAGGGUUAGGGUUAGGGUUAGGGUUAGGGUUAGGGUUAGGGUUAGGGUUAGGGUUAGGGUUAGGGUUAGGGUUAGGGUUAGGGUUAGGGUUAGGGUUAGGGUUAGGGUUAGGGUUAGGGUUAGGGUUAGG